AUGGCAAAGCGAUCCCGCGUUGAGGAGAACGAAGACGAUACAACCACAACAACAACAUCAUCGAAACGAAGCACGAAACGAUUCGCAUCACUCAAGCCACGGACUCAAAAUGUUUCAAAGCGCACAAUCAAGGCAAAAUGGUCGAAUCUGCCCGACGCAGCGCAGGAGAAAGUGCGCGCGAUGUUUCGGACAUUGGAGCGGCCGGUGAUUGUGCUUCAACGCGAUGAACGAAAGCGCGUUGAGGCGCAGACGGCGCUGGGCUCUGUGGUGAAAACUCUUGAACGUCGUCUACCUCGAAUGCCGUUCCCGCCGAUGACCAAAGAUGCGACUUUUGACUACGAAGCUACAUUGAACGAACAUCGCCUCCUAGAUGCCCAGCUGUCGACAGCAACGAAUACAACCGAUAUCCUAAAAAUGGAAAUCGAAAAAGAAGAGGCCCUUCUCGCCCAAGAAACGAAAUACGUCGAUGAGAUGGAGAAGAAUGCGAAAAAGGCCGAAGCUGAACGACGGCGGCAGAUGAAAAAUGAGCAUCCCGUUCUGCGACAUAUUGAUCAUCAACCACAGCACUCAAAUGAGGCAUUGACGGCGCCGUUUAUCGUCGUUGACGGCGCGCAGGAUCAAUCUGCGCUUUGCGAGAUUGAACCCGACUCGGAGCUUCGGUCAUUGAUUACACAGCUGAACGGGCAUCUUAGUUCGAUGAGAAACAACCUUGGACCUCUGGUGGAACUCCGAGAAGCGAUCACUGAAGCGCAAUCGUCUCUUGAUGUUCUCUUCAUUCCAGCCGAUUGA